CUAUAUAAUGCCCCUUAAAUUGAAUUUUCUUAGCAUCAAACAAUAAGCCUAUAAUAUAGAAAAUAAAUAACCAAAAUUAAACUAGUUUAAUUCGAAAUGGCCUCUUGUAGACCAGUAGUAUAUGACAAAAACUCCUACUAUGGUACUGAACAGGCCAAAAUUAACCAACAUGGUGUGUCUGAAUAUAGCGCGGUUUAUAAGCAUGAGGAUGUUGUGGCUGCAGGCGCGCCAAAGCAUAACCAGCAUCAUCAUGAGCAGGGGAUAAUCGGUAAGAUCACCGGGAUGUUCCACAAGAAGAAGAAGAACCGAGAGGGGCGUUGCCAUGAUGGUAGCAGCAGCAGCAGCAGCGACAGUGACAGUGAUCAUGAACGCUGUGAGCCUAGGAAGAGGUGUGACUGAAGUCCUGGACUGGAAAAUCGGCAGUUUGUUUACUACUUAUGACUUGUAUGAUGUGUGAUGAUUUGUGUGUAAUAUGUAAUGUAAUGUGUAACCAGAAAUCUAUGUACAAGUUUUACUUUCCUAAGAUCGAAUAAACACAACUUUGUAUUACUAGUAGAACUGUUUGUUGCACUAUACUACGUAUGUAAUAUGUGUUAUAUUGCGUUCAUGAGCAACCGGUCACGUACUGAGAAAAAAUUACUUUUAA